ACUUCCGGCUUGGAGGGCAUGCCCUCCCGUCACCAGCAUGCACUUUCGACAAAACCAUGGAAUCUAGUAUUUUCCUCUGACACCUUUAUAUUUUCUUCACUUCCCUAUAAUUCUGACCUAUCUUGUGGGUAAAAAUUAAUCUUCAGAGUAUUACAGACAUGCGUGCCCACGCGCUAGGCGAAAGUGCGUGUCGGAAGCACUUCAUUCCCUCUCUUCGCUAGCCGGAAGUCGCGAGAUCUGAAUGAGUCAAAGCCGGCGGCCUCGGCUCCUCAGCUCCACCUGACAGUAGGCCGCUGAUCGGCCGCGGGUCUUGUCGACCGCUAGGCCACCAGGUUCAUGUGGAGGCUCCCAGGCGCCCGCGCCGCGCUUCGGGUGAUCCGGACGGCGGUGGAGAAGCUGAGCCGGGCUGAAGCGGAGAGCCAGACAGCGGCGGGAGCGAUGGAGCGCGCUGUAGUGCGCUGUGUACCUUCGGAACCCAAGCUGAGCCUGUCAUUCGCUUUGGCUGAUGGUAGCCACAAGAACAUGCAGCGCGACCAGAGCGAGCCGCUGGGUCGAGUCCUCAGCCGCAUCGCUACCAAUGCCCUAAAGGGUCACGCUAAGGCGGCCGCCGCCAAGAAGAGUAGGAAGAGCCGGCCGAAUGCUAGCGGCGGUGCGGCCUGUUCAGGGCCGGGGCCUGAGCCGGCUGUGGCCUGCGAGCCCGUGGUGAAGCUGUACUACCGGGAAGAGGCAGUGGCUGAGGACGUGCUCAACGUGGAUGCCUGGCAAGACGGCGCGGUGCUGCAGAUCGGCGAUGUUAAGUACAAGGUGGAGCGCAACCCGCCCGCCUUCACCGAACUGCAGUUGCCGCGCUACAUCAUGGCCGGGUUCCCUGUGUGCCCCAAACUCAGCCUCGAAUUUGGGGAUCCCGCCAGCUCCCUUUUCCGCUGGUAUAAGGAAGCCAAGCCCGGAGCGGCGGAGCCCGAGGUCGGUGUCCCCUCGUCAUUGUCUCCCUCCUCACCUUCUUCUUCUUGGACUGAGACUGAUGUGGAGGAGCGUGUCUACACCCCGUCCAAUGCCGACAUCGGGCUAAGGCUCAAGCUUCAUUGCACCCCAGGCGAUGGGCAGCGCUUUGGGCACAGCCGGGUGUUGGAAAGUGUGUGUGUGGUAGAGGCUGGGCCUGGCACCUGCACUUUUGACCACCGGCAUCUCUACACGAAGAAGGUGACUGAGGACGCUCUCAUCCGCACUGUCUCUUACAACAUCCUGGCAGACACGUACGCGCAGACUGAGUUCUCGCGAACGGUUCUGUACCCAUACUGUGCCCCCUACGCCCUGGAGCUCGACUACCGCCAGAACCUUAUCCAGAAGGAACUCACCGGCUACAACGCCGAUGUCAUCUGUUUGCAGGAGGUUGACCGCGCGGUGUUUUCUGACAGCUUGGUACCCGCCCUAGAGGCCUUCGGGCUCGAGGGGGUGUUUCGAAUCAAGCAGCACGAAGGCCUGGCCACUUUCUACCGAAAGUCUAAGUUCAGCCUUCUUAGCCAGCAUGACAUUUCAUUCUACGAAGCCCUCGAGUCUGACCCACUUCACAAAGAACUGCUGGAGAAACUAGUUUUGUACCCAUCAGCGCAGGAGAAGGUGCUCCAGAGAUCUUCUGUUCUUCAGGUUUCAGUUCUUCAGUCUACAAAGGACUCUUCUAAAAGGAUAUGUGUUGCUAAUACCCAUCUUUACUGGCAUCCUAAAGGUGGGUAUAUUCGCCUCAUUCAAAUGGCAGUAGCCUUGGCUCACAUUAGACAUGUUUCAUGUGAUCUGUAUCCUGGCAUACCAGUUAUAUUUUGUGGGGACUUUAAUAGUACACCAUCAACAGGAAUGUAUCAUUUUGUCAUCAAUGGCAGCAUUCCAGAGGAUCAUGAAGACUGGGCUUCCAAUGGGGAGGAGGAAAGAUGCAAUAUGUCUCUUACGCAUUUCUUCAAGCUGAAAAGUGCUUGUGGUGAACCUGCUUACACAAAUUAUGUUGGUGGCUUUCAUGGAUGUCUAGAUUACAUUUUCAUUGACUUAAAUACUUUAGAGGUUGAACAGGUGAUUCCAUUACCUAGUCAUGAAGAAGUUACCACCCACCAGGCCUUACCUAGUGUUUCCCAUCCCUCUGAUCACAUAGCACUUGUAUGUGAUUUAAAAUGGAAAUAGAUGUGUGUUUAAUGGAAUUGAAGUCUGAAAAGGAAGUAGUUAUUUUAGCAGAAAAUUUAAUAUGAAUCAAAGCUUAUAUGUAACCUUCAAGGAGGAAUGGUAAAAUGUUCAGCCCUCCUAGUUAUGUUCCUGAUGUCUUCGUUAUGAAACUGUUGAUGUUUGCAUCAUACAUCUUCUCUUUCCUUGUUUUCCUCUACAAUUGGAGGAGAAACAAAUAUAUUUCUUACUAGCAAAAUAGAAAAUUGAAUUAUUUUUCUCCAACUUGAGACUCUCAGAAAAGGAAGAUUGAAUUAGCGUGUUUUUUGUUUGUUUGUUUGUUUUUGUUUUUGUUUUUGUUUUUGAGAUGGAGUUUCACUCUUGUUGCCCAGGCUGGAGUGCAAUGGCACAAUCUCGGCUCACUGCAACCUCCGCCCCCUGGGUUUAAGCGAUUCUUCUGCCUCAGCCUCCCGAGUAGCUGGGAUUACAGGCGUGCGCCAACAUGUCUGGCUAAUUUUUGUAUUUUUAGUAGAAAUGGGGUUUCGCCACGUUGGCCAGGCUGGUCUUGAACUCCUGACCUCAGGUGAUCCACCCGCCUCGGCCUCCCAAAGUGUUGGGAUUACAGGAGUGAGCCACCGCACCCGGCCCUUGUGUACAUUUUUAUAAGAGAAUUUUUUUAGCUAGGAGUUCAGAAUUUUUAAAGUACCAUUUGAAUGAUCUUAAUUUUUCUUUCAUGACAACACAUUCCAAAAUGAAUCAUGCUUAUGUACUAAGAGGGAAAAUGUAUUUAAGUUAAGGGUGAGAGACUUAAGUUAUAGGUGACCUUAGAGACCUAAGGUGAGAGACUUGACACAUGGAAGGAGUAACAUUAGGGUCUACCUCUACCUCAAUUUAGUUAGCGAUUUACUACAAUUUCAGAGCUUUAACGACAGAUAAAAAUAAAUCGUCACCAAUUGUUAUUGCUUCUCAUCUUUCAUUUUUCAAUGAACAAGUAAGGUAUUUUCAUUCUUAUUUUUAGGAUUUUAGUUUUUAGUGUAUGGUACAAAUGAACACAGUUUGUAUUCUAAUUCUUACUGCAGCUCAUUUUAAUUUUUAGGAUGCAAGCACAAUUUAGUAUUCAAAGUGAGUAGCAACAUAUUCAACUUGAUCCCAUUGUCUUCAGUUACUCUUGCCCAUGAAAAAUGUUCAUAAAUGAACAGGGUAUUUGACCAUAUGAUAUUAGAAAAUACAGCACAUUACUUUAUGAGAAACUACCUACUGAUAUGGGCUUGAAAUUUUGGAUGAAUCAUUGAGCAUUUCUACACUAGAAGUAAUUUCAAAAUUGUUGGUUUUUAUAAACAGGAAAAAGGGUGAGUAGUGGGACUUUUAAGCAUCUCUGAAAUAAAAAACUAUUCUUUUUACAGACAAGCAUUAUAGUUUGAGUUACAGACAACAGUGUGUAUAUAUGUAAUAUAUAUAUAGUAAAAUGAAAUUUAAAUAUGAAGCCAAACUUUUUAAAAUUAGAAACUACAAAUGGUUAUACUGAUUAGUGUCUAGCCUAGAGUGGUAACCAUGCUUUACUAAUUCAGUUAUCAAAUACAUUAUUUAUAAUGCAUUAGCUGUAUUAGCUGUUGCUUUUUUGAUGUUCAGGAUAACUAUGUUAUCUCAUUUCUGCAUUUAAUUAAUAGCUCGAGUAUUAAAAGCCCACUCCCUUCAAGAAAAGCUUUGAUUUUCCCCAGUCAUGAAAGCCCUUGUUUCAAAUUCUUUAAUCUCUGAACCUAGUAUCAUAAGAAUUUUCCUCUUUUGAUAACAUCUGUACUUUCAUAUUCUGCUCACUAUCAAAUGUAUUGUUAACUCUUAGUAAGUUUGAAAAUGAAGGGGUUUUAUCUGCAUUUGACAUUGAACCUUGAAGUACUUUAAGUACUCCAAGGGAAAAAUUAAAGUGGAAGUUUCUUGGGAUCUUGUUUAGAAAAAACUAUAAAUAAAAAAUUGAUGCUACCAAA